AUGAUUAAUAAUAAUAUACCUUCAAGUAAUAUUGUUGAGUCACAUGAUUCACAUAUACAAUAUCUUUCAAUUAUUAAUCCUUUGUUAGUAUCAGACAAGGCAGAAUCUAAUAAUGAAUUAUUUAAACAGAUUUUAAUAUUCAUCACUACUUCACAACAUCAAGAUCAAGAAUGGACUCAAUUGGAAAAAUUAAAUUUAAUUGGACUUAUACGAGGAAUUGAUUCAUUUAGUCGAACAUUUUCCACUAUUGAAAACCAUCGUCCUACAAUAAUUAAAACAUCCAAAUCUUCAAUUAUAAUCCUUGAAUUAGAAAAUGAUUAUUAUAUUGUAUGUUCAACUUAUCAAGUAAAUCAAACUAAAUCUAAUUUCAUUAAUCAACAACUAAUUAAAUUGAUUAUAGAUGCAAAUACGACAUUUAGACUAUUAAAUAUGUCACUUGAUAGAAUCACAAAAGAUUAUGACUUUGAAGUAAUGAAAUCAACACUAAAUCAAUAUUGGUCAGGUUUCCUUGAAAGCUAUAAUAACCAAUUGUAUAAAGUUCCUGUAGGAUUAAAAUGGCCCAAUAGUUUGAAUUAUAGAGGUUUCCUAGGAUUGUUGAAAAGUGGUGGCCAACCUAAACAAAUUGCAAAGAAAUCAUCUAUUCUGUUAAUACCGAAUCUCAAACACGAAAUUAAUCAAUUACUAUCAGAUGAUGAUGUCCAGAAUGAAUUUGCAGCCAAGGGUAUAAUCAUAAGUUAUUUCGGGAAAAUGAAUCCCAAACAGUAUGGACUCGUUUAUUCCCAGAGCCUGAAUGAUGACGAGUUGGGGGAUAUAAUUCCUCAAGAAUCAUUAGUUGAUAUCUACAAUUGGUUAGAGUACCAUGAUUAUCACGAUAAAUUAAAUUCAACUUCCUUAUGUUCGUCUACUAGUAGUGACCUUUUUAAAACUAAUUUGCCAAUGUUUGUACCAAGUCAAGCCGAAGCAGAUUCUCAAGAAAAUAUGGUUGAUUUAGGAUUAAGGAUGCUUCAUCCUGUUAAUCUCACAAAUAGUUUGGUUGUCCUGCCCUUGAAUUAUACUGUCAAUAGUAUGAUGGCUCUUGGGAAUCAAUUUACUUCUGCUGGGGCGGUGCAACAGGAGGUGCCAGUCCAACCUGAUGCACAGGAACAGGGAUGGUUAUCUAUGCCACAGUUUCUUCGGCCCUAUGUUGGCACUGAAGCUGAAGCAACUACUUUGUUAGAUGAAGCGAAUGUGGAACCCAACCACGAUAGUGAAGAUGAAGAGGAUGAGGACGAGGAAGUCGAAGCAGCUGGUAGCUAUGUAAUUGGUUUACAGACUGAGAACUUCCUACAAAACAUUUCUCGAAGGUUAGUUUACAUUCCAACACAGAUGAAAGUAGAUCAAGAUAUAAAGUCAAUCGAAAGAGAGUAUCAAUUAGUCGUUUUUACAAGAGACGAUAUAUACAUUACCUUGAUUUAUGAAUCGUCUGCAACUCAUCAACUAGAUAAAGUUGAAUUCUAUGAACAACUUCAACACGACAUACUAUUACCCACUAUUCAAGAAAUCCAGAAUCUGAUGAUUGGUGGAAGUUUAAUAAAUACAAGUAUCUCAUCAUUAAGAUCUAUAGCUGGUCUAUUACCUUCCGAAGAAGUCGAUCAAGAUUUCUUCUAUGUUAUUUUCGAUCCUGAGAAGCCGUGGUUCCAAAGUUCCUUGCCUUAUUUGCCUAACAUAACGAAUGACAGGGCUACCACCCCAACAGCAACCACCAGAUAUCAAAUGGCAAUGUAUUAUUUACAUGAUCAAUUGACAAAUUUGUUUUUGAUUCAACAACUGGAGUUCUUCCAGACUGAUAAUAAAUUAAAUGAAUAUUUCCAUAAAUUCACUAGUAAUAAACUUAACGAUUGGAUGUUUUAUUACAUUCGUCAUAAAAAUAAAUUCAUUAUUAUAAUCAAGAAUAGAAAUAAAACAAAUAGAACAAAUGCAAAUACAAAGAUUGUUGAGAAGUCCUUAUUGGAUAAGAUUUCCGAUGGAAUUGUGGAUUAUGCCCAUUUGGGAUUCUUGGACAAUUUAGGUGAUGAUGUGAAAUAUUGGUUGGGUCAACAAGUAGUAAGUAGCGAAUAA